AACCUCGGAGUCCCUGUCUUCCUUCCCUCUCCUUCAGCCAUAGCCCACCGCGACCGCCCCACCUGUCUCUCAUCUCUUCUCUUCUCUUUCAAUAAAAUAAUAAAAAAAGGUGCGGCCAAGCUAAAGACGGUCAUCGCUUCUUGCGUCAAUUUCUGUUUUCUUUCUCUAAAACCUCACUCACACGCACUACACGCAGUCUACACAGUCUCAGUCUGAUGCCUGCAAACUGUUACGCAUUGUACUGGUAGGGUUUAACAGCUCCGGGAAACAAUCCAAACCGAUCAAUUCCGCAUAUUUUAUCUAUACAACCACAGCGCAAGCCUGCGUUUUCUGCCUUUUUUUAUUUUUUUAUUUUUGGCCGUGAUACUCAAGGUUAAUCUUAUUUCCGGGAUUAUAGUUCAUCAGGUUCCUUAAAAUGGCGGCGAAUCUCACCAUAACUGGCAUACUUGAAAAGAUGACUGGGAAGGAUAAGGAUUACAGAUACAUGGCAACAUCUGAUUUGCUAAAUGAAUUAAACAAGGAGGGAUUUAAACUUGAUGUCGAGCUAGAGGGGAAGUUGUCAAAUAUUGUUCUGCAGCAGCUUGAUGAUGUGGCUGGUGAUGUCUCUGGAUUAGCUGUAAAAUGCCUUGCUCCUUUGGUUAAGAAAAUCCAUGAGCAACAAGUGUUGGAUAUGACUAAUAAGCUUUGUGAUAAGCUGCUUAAUUUAAAAGACCAGCAUCGUGAUAUUGCUAGCAUAGCUAUGAAGACAAUUGUUGCCGAAGUUCCUUCACUUUCUGUUGCACAGUCUGUUCUUGUGUCCAUUACUCCGAAGUUGAUUCAAGGGAUCACUGGCACUGGAAUGAGCACAGAAAUAAAAUGUGAAUGUCUUGACAUUUUAUGUGAUGUUCUUCACAAAUAUGGGAAUUUGAUGGCUUCAGACCAUGAGCCACUGUUAGCUGCAUUACUACCUCAGUUAAGUUCCAAUCAAGCCACAGUUAGGAAGAAGACUGUCUCAUGUAUUGCAUCUUUGGCUUCAAGCUUGUCAGAUGACUUGCUGGCAAAAGCUACUGGCGAAGUUGUUCGGCUUUUGAAAAAUAGGGCUUCAAAAUCUGAAAUGGCACGAACAAACAUUCAGAUGAGCGGGGCCUUAAGCCGAGCUGUUGGCUAUCGUUUUGGUCCCCACCUUGGAGAUACUGUUCCAGUUCUAAUAAACUAUUGCACAAGUGCAUCAGAGAAUGAUGAGGAGCUUCGUGAAUAUAGCUUGCAGGCAUUGGAGAGUUUUUUACUAAGGUGCCCUAGAGAUAUUUCUUCUUACUGUGAUGAAAUUCUCCACCUUACAUUGGAGUUUCUUAGUUAUGAUCCAAAUUUCACUGAUAACAUGGAGGAAGAUACUGAUGAUGAAAGUCAUGAGGAGGAAGAAGAUGAUGAGAGUGAAAAUGAGUAUACGGAUGACGAAGAUGUGAGCUGGAAAGUCCGUAGGGCUGCAGCCAAGUGCUUGGCGGGACUAAUUGUUUCUCGCCCUGAGCUGCUUGGAAAGCUAUAUGAAGAGGCUUGUCCAAAAUUAAUUGACCGAUUUAAGGAAAGGGAAGAAAAUGUCAAGAUGGAUGUGUUCAAUACUUUCAUUGCGUUGCUGCGACAAACUGGAAAUGUUACGAAAGGGCAGAUGGAGUUUGAAGAAUCAAGUCCUAGAUGGUUAUUGAAGCAAGAAGUGCCUAAAAUUGUUCGGUCCAUCAAUAGGCAAUUAAGAGAGAAAUCUGUCAAAACAAAGGUUGGUGCAUUUUCAGUUUUGAAAGAACUGGUGGUGGUCUUGCCUGAUUGCCUUGCUGAGCACAUUGGAUCUCUUAUACCUGGAUUUGAGAAAGCAUUAUGUGAUAAGUCCUCUACUUCAAAUUUGAAGAUUGAAGCUCUUACUUUUACAAGAUUAAUUUUGGCUUCUCAUGCACCUCCUGUUUUCCAUCCUUAUAUUAAGGCCAUAUCAGCUCCUGUUAUAUCCGCUGUGGGUGAGCGAUACUAUAAAGUUACAGCUGAAGCACUUAGAGUAUGUGGAGAACUUGUUCGUGUUGUGAGGCCAAAUAUUGAGGGUUCUGGUUUUGAUUUCAAACCCUAUGUUCAUCCAAUAUAUAAUGCUAUCAUGGCCCGUUUGGCAAAUCAAGAUCAGGAUCAGGAGGUUAAGGAAAGUGCCAUUACAUGUAUGGGGCUUGUUGUUUCAACGUUUGGUGAUUAUCUCAGAGGGGAGUUACCAGCAUGCCUUCCUGUGCUUGUGGAUCGAAUGGGGAAUGAGAUAACUCGGCUAACUGCUGUGAAGGCAUUUGCUGUCAUUGCUGCUUCUCCACUGCAUCUUGACCUAUCUUGUGUUUUAGAGCAUGUAAUUUCAGAGUUGACCGCAUUCUUAAGAAAGGCCAAUCGCGCACUAAGACAGGCAACACUUGGGACUUUAAACACCCUGAUAGUUGCUUAUGGUGAUAAAAUCGGUUCAGCUGCUUGCGAAGUCAUUGUCAUAGAACUCUCUACUUUGAUAAGUGACUUCGACUUGCAUAUGACAGCACUAGCCCUGGAACUUUGUUGUACCUUAAUGUCUGACAGCAGAUCAACCCCUAAUGUGGGUUUGACUGUCAGAAAUAAAGUUCUUCCUCAAGCAUUAACUUUGGUGAAAAGCUCCUUGCUUCAGGGACAGGCACUUCUUGCUUUGCGGAAUUUUUUUGCUGCAUUGGUUUCCUCAGCAAAUACAAGCUUUGAUGCAUUACUGGAAUCUCUUCUUUCAACUGCCAAACCAUCUCCACAGGCUGGUGGUGUUGCAAAGCAGGCUUUAUUUUCCAUUGCUCAGUGUGUAGCCGUUCUUUGCCUUGCUGCAGGUGAUAAGAAAUGUUCAUCUACCGUUAACAUGCUGACGGACAUUUUGAAAGAUGACAGCAGCACAAGUUCGGCCAAACAACAUCUUGCGUUGCUUUGCUUGGGAGAGAUUGGGAGGAGAAAGGAUCUAAGCUCACAUGUUCAGAUCGAGAGUAUUAUCAUUGAAUCAUUCCAAUCUCCUUUUGAAGAGAUCAAAUCAGCUGCCUCUUAUGCUCUUGGGAAUAUUGCUGUUGGUAAUCUACAAAAAUAUCUGCCAUUUAUCUUGGACAAGAUUGAUAAUCAACAGAAGAAACAAUAUCUACUAUUACACUCAUUGAAGGAGGUCAUUGUAAGACAGUCAGUGGACAGAUCAGACUUUCAGGAAUCAAGUGUUGAGAAGAUACUUAAUCUGCUCUUUAACCACUGUGAAAGUGAGGAAGAGGGUGUUCGCAAUGUUGUAGCUGAGUGUCUGGGAAAAAUUGCCCUCAUUGAACCCCAAAAACUUGUUCCUGCUCUCAAGGACCGUACCACUUAUCCAGCUGCAUUUACCCGAGCAACGGUUGUCAUUGGCGUAAAAUAUGCUAUAGUUGAGCGUCCAGGGAAGAUAGAUGCAAUUCUGCAGUCUGAAAUUUCAUCUUUCCUGAUGCUCAUAAAGGAUCAAGAUCGGCAUGUUAGGCGUGCAGCUGUUUUGGCCUUGAAUACAGCAGCCCAUAAUAAGCCAAACUUGAUAAAGGGUCUUUUACCUGAACUUUUGCCACUACUAUAUGACCAGACGAUAAUUAAGCAAGAACUGAUUAGAACAGUUGAUCUGGGUCCCUUCAAGCACACAGUAGAUGAUGGGCUUGAAUUGAGAAAAGCAGCUUUUGAAUGUGUUGACACUUUGUUGGACAGUUGUCUUGAUCAAGUGAAUCCAUCAUCUUUUAUUGUUCCUUACCUCAAAUCUGGUUUGGAAGAUCAUUAUGAUGUUAAAAUGCCUUGUCAUCUUAUCCUCUCAAAACUUGCGGAUAAGUGCCCCUCUGCCGUAUUAGCAGUUUUGGAUUCUUUGGUGGAUCCCUUGCAAAAAACUGUUAGUUUCAGGCCAAAACAGGAUGCAGUCAAGCAAGAAGUUGAUCGUAAUGAAGACAUGGUUAGGAGUGCCCUUCGAGCAAUUGCAUCAUUGAACCGCAUAAGUGGAGGAGACUGCAGCCACAAGUUCAAAAAUCUCAUGAAUGAAAUUGGAAAAUCUCAAACACUAUGGGACAAUUAUUGUUCUAUUCGAAACGAGUGAGAAUUUUUUAAACCCACCUCUGAGGUUCAUGCUGAAGUGAAGAAAAUGAUCGUUGCUUGAUUUCUCCGGGAGAGCCUUUUACAAGUUAUACCGUUGGAAUAUUGAUGGGUUCAGAAUACAAGCUAGAUGGGGUUUGUGGAGAAUGGUAUGGUGCAAUUCACUCCUUUUUGGGGAAGGCUGAUUUGGUUGGCAUUGUAUAGUCAUAGUCCUAGUUUUCCCAUUCUUUCGCUGCUUUACAUUUUCUUCUUUAUUGGGUUUUCCCCCCAGUUAUCUGUGCACUAGGUUAUCACUUUCCCCUUCCAACCCCUAAAUUGUUGUAAAAUUCAGCUGGGUUGCUAGUUUUAGCAAGAAAUUUGCCCCCAGAAACCUGACUUCCGAGCACAGGAAAAAUUGGCCGCUGUUAAUCCUUGGCGUAUUACGAAAUUUUGGUUGAGUUAUGUGAGGAUCAUUUGCUUUUC